AUGGCGAUCAGGUCUGUCACAGCAGCCAAAGAGUUCAAUCCGGAAUUACCUAACAUCGAUGAGUACUUCAUGGCUUACAAAGUGCACGAAAUGGCCGCCAAGAAAAGCACCUGGUACGAGUUUCUUGCUUUGAGUGACGUCCAAGUCGAUUCAACCGUGAUCAAGAAACAAUACAAGAAAAUGGCUCUUAAGUUGCAUCCGGACAAGAAUCAUUCUGUUGCUGCAGAGGGGGCUUUCUUACUCAUUCAAUCUGCUUUCGAAGUUUUGAUAGAUCCUGCAAAAAGACAAGUCUACGAUAGUGGCUUGUGCUCCAAGAAACGCCCUCAUAUGUCACCGCACACCGCGUCUGAUUCUUCUAAAUAUUCUAAACCGUCAAAGCCUACAAGUGAAGAAGCGAUCUCCAGUCAGUCUCGGCCUCGAGAGGCAGCUGAUCGUUCUUCAUCUGGAUUUGGAAAAACAUUUUCAUCUGAGUUCAGAAGAACAUCUUCAUCUGGGUUCGGAAGCACGAGACCAAAGAAACUUGCAGUUGCCGUGGAGGGUGCAAUUUACGAAACGUCAGAAUUAAAAUGGUUCUCCAAGCUAAUGGGACCAGAAAGAUUGUUGUUUCUCGUAAUGGUGAAGUUAUAG